GUUUUUGUUAGCCCGUUGAGGCCGAGGAAACACAGCGGCGGCCGGGGAGGACGGUGCAGAGGCGGGCGUGUGCGGACUGAAAGUGAAGGAGUGAAGCACCGCGGUGAGUGAAGGAGUGAAGCACCACGGCGAUCACUGAGGGCCUGCAGCGUGGAUUGACGGAUCGGCGCAAGGAUUGAAGGAUUGAAGCACCACCGCGAGGCUUGAAGGACUGAAGCAUCGCUGCUGAGAUGAAGGGCUGAAGCACCGCGGCGAGGGAAGAGGAGGACCAGGGCGGGGAAGGCAGCCAUCACCUUCGUCACCGGCUUUUUUUCCUGCGGCGUGAGGCCCAGGACGCGGCAGCCAUGCAGAAGCAGGGCAGCGGCCUGCUGUCCUACAGCAGCCUGGUGCACGCCGUGGCCGGGGGAUGCGGCUCAGCUGUGGCCAUGUCAGCAUUCUUCCCCUUGGACACCGUGCGCACCAGACUGCAGUUGGAGGAAGGAAGGACCAGCAAGAACACCUUCGUCCAGAUGAUGGAGAUUUACCGCCAGGAGGGACUCGUUGGCCUAUACCGAGGGCUACUUCCUGUCAUUGAGUCUCUCUACUGCUCCAACUUCGUCUACUUCUACACCUUCCACGGCCUCAAGCGCGUGGCCAACCGGGAGCAGGCAGCUGUCAAGGACCUUUUGCUGGCCAUGAUGGCAGGCUCUGUCAACGUGAUGGUCACCAACCCGCUGUGGGUGGUGAACACGAGGCUGAAGAUGCAGGGUGUGCAGCGACAGCGGCCCCAGAACGGUGUGCCCUCCACCUCCUCCUCCACCAUCACCCCUACCUCCACCCCCGCUAUCCCCAACCAUCACUACAAGGGAAUGCUGGAUGGGCUGCGGCGUGUGUGGCGUGAGGAAGGCCUGUCUGGGCUGUGGUCUGGUGCGGCCUCGUCCCUCAUCCUGACGGUGAACCCGGCCAUCCAGUUCAUGGUGUACGAGGCGGCCAAGCGCCAGGCCCAGCGCAUGGCCGGCAACAAUAGCCUCAGCUCCUCCACGGUGUUCAUGGUCGGGGCGGCCGCCAAGACUGUGGCCACCGUGCUCACCUACCCCAUACAGCUGGUGCAGGCCAAGCAGAGGCACGGCCACAGCUACGAGGGGCUGUCACAGAAGGCUGGCAUCGUUACCCUCCUCAUGUACAUCCUGAGGACCCAUGGACCGAGAGGGCUGUUCAAGGGUCUGGAGGCCAAGCUGCUUCAGACGGUGCUGGCGGCGGCGCUGAUGUUUGUGUGCUACGAGAAGAUUGCCGCUGCUGUGUUUGCUGUGCUGAUGGGGCGGCGGCGCGUGGCUGCUGUGGCUGUGUAGGCCGCUGAGCUGGCUGGGUGUGUGGGGGGGGGGGGUAGUAGGUCUGUCUGUGUGUGUGUGUGUGUGUGUGUGUGUGUGUGUGAGAGAGAGAGAGAGAGAGAGAGAGAGAGAGAGAGAGAGAUGUAUUACUACUCUUGGAUGAAUUAAUUAGUGUGUGUGUGUGUGUGAGAGAGAGAGAGAGAGAGAGAGAGAGAGAGAGAGAGAGAGAGAGAGAGAGAGAGAUGUUGCCACUCUUGGAAGAAUGAAUUAGUGUGUGUGUGUGUGUUCAAGCUCAUUAGACCAAUCUAUGUAUGUAGAGUUACUUAUUUUAUGUCCAGUGUUGGGUUUGUUUGUUUUCUUUCAUGUUUUGAUUUUAAUUUGACUUUUCUAGUAUUUUCCUGCUGUGUUUGUGUGUUCAGUGUGAGGUGAUGGCUGGUGUGCUCUUCAUGUGGAGCACACACCUGUUUUUUCCCUCUUUUGUUGUGUGUCUCAUUAGCAUUACAACAGGAGGAGGAAGGCAGCAGGCUGAGGCAGAGGUUAGCAAUGUCCAUCAGUUGAUUUUCUGUAUGUCACUUCUCCUUGGUGCAGUGGAUAGCAUCUCUCACUACAAAUCUGCAGGCCUGGUUUCGAAUCCCUGCCUGUGCGGUCAUCUUGCAGGCCACCCAGCUGUUCAUCCUUCCUUUUGGGCUGGUUGAUAAAUGUGUACCUGGGGACACCUGGGGAAGGCACACUGUGGCAAUCUGGAUGUCACGCUGGCCCUGUGUCGGGUUAAGGGCUCUCUCCCACCACAGGCUAAAGGGUCAAUGUGAUGGAGAUGAGCACUGAGGCCACGCACAGCUAUGGGAUGUGCUCCAAACUUUACCUUCUCCACAACAACUGUCUGCUAGUCUAAAGCAUUCCACAGUGUAACUUUGAUUGUUCUUUCUUUGGGUAUCUGUUUGUGAGUUUUCCAGCAUUUUUUAUGUUGUUUGUAUAUUCUGUGGCUGUUGUGUUCUCCACGGCCGGCACACAGCAGCUUCAGCAUUCCCCGGUGUAACUUUGAUUGUUCUUUCUUAGGUUACGCUGAAUCUGUUGCGAGUUUUCCAGCAUUUUCCUGUUGUUUGUGUAUUCUGUUUGUGCCUGUUGUGUUCUUCAUGGCCAGCACACAGCAGUUUCAGUAUUCCUCGGUGUAACUUUGAUUGUUCUUUCUUAGGUUACGCUGCAUCUGUUUGUGAGUUUUCCAGCAUUUUUCCUGUUGUUUGUGUAUUCUGUUUGUGGGUGUUGUGUUCUUCAUGGCCGGCACACAGCAGCUUCAGUAUUCCCUGGUGUAUCUGAUUGUUCUUUCUUAGGUCAUACUGCAUCGUAUAGCAUUUUCCUGUUGUUUGUGUAUUCUGUUUGUGGCUGUUGUGUUCUUCAUGGCCAGCACACAGCAGCUUCAGUAUUCCCUGGUGUAUCUGAUUGUUCUUUCUUAGGUCAUACUGCAUCGUAUAGCAUUUUCCUGUUUGUGUAUUCUGUUUGUGGUUGUUGUGUUCUUCAUGGCAAGCACACAACAGCUUCAGCAUUCCCUGGUGUAACUUUGUUCUUUCCUUGGUCAUACUACUGCAUCUGUUGUGAGUUUUGCAGCAUUUUUACAUUGUUUGUAUAUUUUGUUUGUGGUUUGUGUUCUCCAUGGCCAGCACACAGCAGCUUCAGCAUUCCCCAGUGUAGCUUUGAUUGUCCCUUCUUAGGUUAUGCUAGAUCUGUUGUGAGUUUUCCAGCAUUUUCCUGUUGUUUGUAUAUUCUGUUUGUGGCUGUUGUGUUCUCCAUGGUCAGCUCUCAGCAGCUCUCCGCUAGUCUUCAGCAUUCUGCAGUGUAACUUUUGUUGUUUUUUCUUAGGCUCUGCUGCAUUUAUUUGUUGGCAUUUACUGUGUUGUGAGAAACCCGAGGUAUUAAUGCAACGAUAUUCUGGUAUUCCCUGCCAGUAUUACCGCGUCUGUGUGUUCCUGAUACUUGAUAUUGUCCGGCUGGGUCAUCGCAGGCUGAAGAAAUUUGUCCAGAACAAAUAUUGAAAUGACCUACCUAACCUAACUUACCUAACCGGUGAUUGUGUUGUGAAGGUAGCUUUAAUAUUACUGUUGAAUGAGUAAGUCACAAACAUAAAAGAACCUUGUACGAAGCAUGUAGAAGGCCUGCAGGAACUGUGUCUGGCUUUUGCUAUGACUGAGGGUAAUGACAGCAUGUUUUGUUGCUGUUGUGUGGUGAAGCAGAGCUGAGGGGCCAAUGGUGGGCUGGUGGUAAUGUUUCAGUGUGGCAACACAACAACACAGCCUCACAAAGCCUUGCUGUGCUCUGUGUGAGUGUGUUUUGACCUGUGAAGUCGUCUUUGGGUCCAUGGUUAGCACAACAUGACCCACAGUUGUAUUUUGUCUUUUAUAUGCUGCCAAUGGCAACGGUAGGCUCUCUUGAGGGACCUGAUGGAUGUCCAGCCCAUUAGUGAUGCUGGUGAUUAUUUAUUUUAAGUGUCUGCUAUGAUGUAUGACUUGUCUGGCCCAUGAUGCCCCACGGUGCUCCUCUUGACCAAAGUCACCUAAGUUAGGGUUGACUGAAGACCUGGGUGUCAUGUGGGCAAUCUUCCGCUGCUCAGUGAUGGUUGAAAAUUGUCAGCAACUUAAAGUGAGACUUGAACCCUGGUUGUUGAGAUUACCAUGUCUGUGUUGCUAACUAUUCAGCCACCACCUCCCCUCUUGUUAUUUUACUGUUAUUUUUAGGCUGCUGCUUCCCCUAAGGAUAUACUAGUCACAGUGAGGCAGGAAGAACUUCACAAAUAUAGUGGUUAGCCUUGCUGUUUCAUAUCUUGAGCAACUACUGAUGUAUGAAGGGAGAGGUGUCUUGUUCUGUGUGUGGGUCUUUGGUAACACCAUUUAUACUAGUGUGAAAGUAUGUAUAGGAAUCACAUCAGUGUCAUGGAAGGUUUGCCUGAGGAAGGGAUAUAAAACUGCUACAGUCUGACACAAGUAUGAAGUCCGUUUGGGUGCUGCUGCAUCGCCCCCAGUGCAUCUUACUCUCUCUCAUGUGUCAGCUAUUUACUAUUUGAAAGUGUGGACAAAAUAUUCUGUAUACUGGAGGCUAAAUUUGGCUGUGCCAUGGCCAGGGCCCCAACCAAUCAGACUUCAUGGAGGAGUCUGACUGUAGGAAGUAUUAUCCAUGUAAAAGUCAUGCCUCCUGGACUUGUCUCUAUGAACUCUGUAAACCACUCAUCUUUUACACAAGUAUAUGCAGUAGUAUUUCCUUUUAAACAGUUCAAUUCAUCAUCUUUAUUGCUGAAACAUUACAUACAAAACAGUUGCAUACAAAAAAAAGUAGUGACAUAAUUUAAACAGUUAUUAGGCAUCACGAUGAAAUGUUCACUGAGCAUCAUGUAAGACUGUAUGUUUAACGAGUGAGUGUGUACAGUUGCAGGGUGGUGUGGUUGAGGACAGCAGCAGGCCGGAGGUAUAGGCAGGCAGGACAGGGCAGGCACAGCAUGAAGGAACACUGGUCAGCCUAGAGAGGUGAGGCAGUAGUUUGGUGUGCUGGGCUGGUGGCUGUUCACACUGUACUGAUAGACACUGACCUGAUAUAUGUACUAAUAGAUACUGUUACUUUACUGAUAGAUACUGACCUGAUAUUUUACUGAUAGAUGAACACAUUCCUCUUUCCACCCUCCCCUGGCUUCAUGGCUUGGGGUGAAGGGUGAAGCUCCUCCCCUUGCCCCUUGUCUGGUGUCAGGGGCCUGGGAUGAGUUAGGUUGGAAGGGACUGAAGUCAGUAUUAUUAAAUUUACUGAGCUCCCUUUAUUACCAUUUCCCAAGGCCACAGAGAGGACUAACUGGAUUUUCAUGGGUGACUUUUCCCGUUCAGUGUAUGGAGGUAGUGUAAAAUAUCACCAGGAUCACAAAACAGUCCAUGAGAAUCCCAGGAACUUCCACGAGAGGCUUUUCAAACAGGCGAACUGAGGGGUUGAUACGUUUUAAGAUACAGACUUGAGGUUUAUCUGUCAAGGUUAGGAGGGGUUGAGGAAGGGGCCGAUGUUGUUAGUGUGAAGAGCCAGUAGUCUUCUGAAUAGUAAAACAAAGUAGAAGGUGUUGAGGUUUGUCUGUCGAGUACAGUAGUAGUUAACGGCCAUCAGUCUUGUGUACAAAAAACAAAGUGCUGGGUCAGGGAAGUAAUAUUCAGGGUUCUUGUGUGUGCCGUAGUUAUUGUUUGGGGUAAUGAACAAGUAUUUAUUAUUGUUUAUUUAUUAGUGUGGUUGUUAUUAUUAUUAUUAUUAUUAUUAUUAUUAUUAUUAUUAUUAUUAUUAUUAUUAUUAUUAUUAUUAUUUAUUACUGUGCACAACGAUGUAUCUAUAUAUGAGAUGACAAAGACAUUUGCAUAUGUUUGCAAAUGUAUUUAUUUUGUGUGGUGUCUCAUGUUGGUAAUUCUGCCUUUUAUCUAUUUAUCCGUUUUUAUCUAAAUAUUUAUCAGCCCAUAACUGCAUUAGUGAUUGCAGUCAUAGCCUGCCUUAUGUCAGUUUGUGUCAAAUUCAACUUUGCACCACUUGUCUGGAGUAAGUUUUUGUUUGGUGAGCGCCAGUGUGUCCGACUUUGUCACUCAGCAACUUACCCUGCACCAGAUGGCCAAGACUUGGUCUGGAGCAGCACCGUAUUGCAGUACACAUACCAUACACACGUACACCACACCAACACCAACACCAUUUUAAGGUGAUUUGCUGGCUCUAAACGAGUCUGAAGGUUUAUUUGCCUCAGCUGGUGAGUGUUUGUUUGGCGCACGGCUGAUGACCAAGACUGUGUCUGGACCACCGCCAUAGUGUGAUAUGCCUAUGUGUAUAUAUAACCAUAUGUUUAUAUAUAGCAUGUAAUAGAUAUACCAUGCCUCAACAAGUUACAUUCUUCUGAGUGCUGUUAACAUUAGUUGUAGGGUGUUUGUCUUGCUACAGCACAUAUAGCUUGUAUAAACCACCACUCACCACCGUCACCGCUUGCCCACACUGACUUUCAUCAAGGAAAUAUGUCUUCUACCUUUAAGUGACAGUGGUAGUGUGCACAGGGCAUUUACAUUUGUUGUCCAAUGUUUCACAUUAAGUUUUACUGUGUGUUCAGUCAUUUUGAGGCAUUUUUAAGGAAUUUUGUUUGGUUUUUGAAAGAAAAAGCUUUUGGAACCACUCACUGACGUAAGGCGGGUUAUUACUGUAUUAGUGAAGUAUACCAUAAGAUGAAGUCUGUUAGGGCUUCAUGAAGUGAAUGGAGUCUUUCCUCUGCUUUUAGUACAAGCCAUGUAAGGAAUAGCCUGUAACAGAGCCAAGGAAUGGGAGGUGGCUACCCUCAUCACAGGUGCCAUGUUUCUACCUAAUGAACUGUAAGAAGUUCAAACUUAUGCUGAUACAAUAGUGUUUUUUUGUGCCCUGGGUGCUUCUUCAAGAUGCUGAUGAUUCCAAGAACACAAACAAUCACUACUCUUAUCAACACCAAUAUGAGUUUCAUGCGGCUCCUUUGGUAACAGCCUGGCGCCUGUGGUGAGGGUGGCCACACUCCUGUUCUGUGGCUCUGGUAACUGUAGUGUAUGAUUGCCUGUCUCAGGGAGCAGGACGUCAAUAUUUAUAUAUAAUUAAGUCUUUUUAUCAUGUCAGGGAAGGACAAGUGCUGUUAGAUUGCCAUAUAUCUUGCAUGAGAGGAGUCAUUUAUUGGACUUUUAUAUGAUAAGGUUUCUAAUCUACUUUUGCCAAAUGUAAUGAGCCAGUGCACAAAACUUAGUGACAGCAUUAAACUGUUGACCAAGUGCCAGGAAUGGUUGAGUAACCCUUCAUAGUGUUGUGAAGUGUGACCACAGCUGGUAGUGUUGUGGCACACACCAGUUUUUUGAUUAUCUAUAUUUAUAUGUGCUGCCCAUAGUGGCAGUAGGGUCUCUUGAGGGGCCUGGUGGUUGGCUGCAGCCUGUUAGUGGUGCAGGCCAAUUUUAAUUAAAGUGAUUGGCCUGAUGUAUGACUUGCUUGGCCCAUGUUGCUCCCUGUUGCACCUCUUGACCAAAGUCACCAAAGUUAGGGUUAACUGAAGAUCUGGGCAGCAUGUGGGCAAUCUUCUGCCACUCAGUGAUGGUUAAAACUUGCCAGCCUCUCGUGGUGAGAAUCAAACCAUGGUCAUUGGGAUCACCAUGUCCACAUGCUGACCACUUGGCCACUGCCUUCCCAACACUUGAAUGCUCCAGCACCUUGACUUCUGAUCAGCUUCACCCAGCAGGGAAGUCUUCAUCAUUAUUUAUCAUUGGUGUAAUAGGCAGAGAAAAUCAGCUGCACAGGAGAAUUAUGUGUCAUAGGCAGAGAAAGUCAGCCUGUGGAGAAUUCAGAGGACUCUAUGUAAGAAAGGCUGGUGUAGUUUUUUCUUAUAAUGAUUUUUACUCUUCAUUUAUGAUGGUGGUGGUGAUGAAGGUGGCGAGAGAAGGGGGAGGAUUUAGUGGCCAUUCACAUCACCAUCAGGAAGAGUUCCAUAAUUCAGCUGUACAUGGAACAAAGCUCUUAGAAAAUCAAGUGGUCCUAAAGUGAAUGGCUAAAAAUGCCAAUUUAGAUUUUUAUAAGGUAAAGCUGGGGAGCCAAGUUUGCUGAAAAGAUGCUAGCUUUGAAUGUAAUGGAUGACUGCGAUAUAUUAUACAUUUUUAUCAUUAGAAAAGACUGUUACACUUUGGGAGAAACCAGAUUUCCUGUGAUACUGAUAAGGCCACCAGCCACCACUGGGACUCAGGUGGUUCAGCAUCUAGUCACAGCAGAUCAUUUUAUAGGUUAAUUUUUCAACUACUUAUUAAAAUUUAUAUCAGGAAGAUUAAGAAAAACGUAGAUCUGCUAAUGAUGAGAUUGUGACCUUCAAUGGAUACAACUUUACAGUCCACUGCACAAACUAAGCAUUAUUUCUAUCAGCCAUCUUCUAAAGCACUGGCCACCAAGGCUCUGUUCCAAUGGGUCUGUAAUAGGACUGUAGGAGUGUGUCGCUGGCAUAGUCUGUCAUCACUAGCAAAUAAACAACAGAGCAUGCUGUCUGUCUACCUGUGCAUCUCCAUCAUGUCAAUAUGGGGAUGUGCUGGGAGGUAUUCAUAGUUAUGACAAGGAAAUGGAGAAAUCAUGUGUAUUGUCAUUUUAUUACAAAAGCACACAUCAAUUGAAAUGGAUAAUUCAUGGGUGUGUAUGCUGGUGUGUGGCCAGACAAAUAAUGUUGACUAUUGCCAGACUUUUUAAACAUAUUAGUUCUUAUUAACAUUCUGUGGCUAGUUUGGCUUUUUGAAUUAUAGAUUUUGGGCUGGAGUUAGCCAGAAGUGUUGGAUUUUCACACAGUUGAGUCGACGUUAUCAACUAACUAUGCCUUGAAAAAUGUGUUAAAAAAGACAAAUCAGCCACAGUGGUUGGAUUUUCACGAAGUUGAGUUAACAUUUCACAAACUCAGCUGUAAAACAUGAAAA